AUGGCUGCCUUCAACUCGAUGCCGGUAAUGAAUGCCACCCCGGCACAAAACGACACAAUCGCCAUGAACCACGCCCGCCAGUCCAUGACCAUGGACGCUUUUGACCAGGACCUCAGCGGCUUCGACGAAGCCCUCAUUCGGCACCAUCCCGUGACCAAUGACUACCUCAGUGCUCACCUCUCAAACAGUGAUACCGGCCCCCUUCCCACGCUGCCCUUCACACCUUCUUAUGACUUUGACAACUUUGCGACGACGUUCGAGGAUCCCUUUUCUUACUCAACCCGCCAGUAUGAGCCCACCCCCCAUCAGGAUAUCCUCAACGAGGACGCUUCCCCGCAGGACCUUGACAAUAAACUCCUCGGCUUCUCCGACCCUGUCAUGAGCACCACAAUUGUCGACGACUCUGGACAAUUCGCCGACACGACCAUGGCCGCCGAGCUCUACGGCAUGUUCUUCGUAGCUGAGGAUGUCUUUGGCGGUGAAACCACUGGCCGCCCGCUCGAGUUGACCUGCUACCGCCGCAACCUCUGGCAAUGCGCCGGCCAGAUUACCCUAUCCCGCGCCAUUUCUCACAUCAUCGAUGAGCAAGGCCGUCAAGUCCCUCUAGUCGAGCUCUUCGCCUCCAUCAAUGCCAUUGAAUCGAUCGAAGGCAAAGGCACGGAAAUUAUAUCCAUUCCAUGGAAGAGCUCUAAUCCGCAGGCUGGCGAGGACAGCAAAAUCGCCACUGCCCCACCCAACGUCAACAUAGACUUGUCCGCCGGCCAAGAGUUGGAUGCCAACCGUGUGUCCAUUCCUGUCUCGUGGAAGAGACUCCAGUUCAAACAUGCAACCGCCAACAACGGGCGCAGAAAGGGCUUGCAGCAACAUUAUGUCGUCCAGAUCAGUCUCCUCGGCAAGACUAAGAAUGGAGAAACCAUCAAGAUUGCCGAAAUCCAGUCUGGACCCGUCAUCGUCCGCGGCCGUAGUCCUAGAAAUUUUGACAGUAGAAAAGACGUGCCUCUGUCCGGAGACAAGAGACUGGAAAGGAAGAACACAUCCAGCUCCGAUGGAAACGCACUGAAAGUCGAAAGGGAGCACCUCCAGGCCGCCAUGCAGAGAUACCAGUCCAUGCCCGGACCUGUAAUAGCAAACCCCAACGAUUGGGCAACUUCCCAGCCCGUGGCCCAGCCAAGGGAAAGUCCUCACCCGGCGAAACGAAUGGCUCUGUCGCCAACCGUAAGCAAGCCACCAGUACCACCAUGGAACCCUGAUGCGCCACGAACAGCGUCCGGCCACCGCGGCUCCAUGUCGCGGCCGCGCGAGGCCGGCGCGCCCAUCAACCUGUCCCUCUCCGAGGACGAAAGAAGUCCCAACCGGUCAAGCGCCGAGCUGCAGAGCCCGAAGCUCGGUAAAUCGCACCCAGCGGUCGGACAACACGCCGCCAGCAGCCCAACAGAGGAGGCGGACCCGUUAUACGAGUACUUUCCGCUCAGUGUAGACGAUUGGAUGCCGCCAGUAGACGCCGUGUACAGACCCCACGUAGUGCACCACACAUAUGAGCCCAUCGAAAUUUUCGAGGCCAAGCGCGGUAAAGCGAAGCGAUACUUUUUGGCAGAUUGA